AGAGAGUGCUUUGGGUUUCUUCCUGUUGUGUGUUUAUCAGUGGUUACUACAUGUAUGUAAAAUAUUUGUUAUCAGUGAACUCAAAAAUUAUCAGUGUAAUGGUAUUUAAUGUCAAACUUAGAAUUCUUGUUGUAUUAGAGCGGGAAUCUUUGUCUACAAUGUGGUAGGCAGCCAUUCUGCAUUUUCGCUAUAUCUCUGGCAGCAGAGUGAUCAUAACUGUGCAAAUGCCUGUCUAGCUCUCAAACAGCAGAGUACUUGUACCGUACUGGCCUUGAUGGUGACCGUCACUCUCUCAUGUUCUUCUUACCAACUCAUCCCAAUCUGUGAAGUUAACUUGCCUGCAGAAAUGUAUCAAUUUGUCCCAGCUGAUGUUCAACUAAAUGUGCAAUUACACGUUAUUCAAAUUAUUGUUUGUAAAUUAUAAUUUUGCCUAUCUAAAAAAUAAAUAAUUGAAGUUGCAUAAAUUUACCUUCAUACUUAGAUACUAUUUGUUAUUUCAUUUCUGCAGGCAUUGAAAUAAGCAUAGUGUCUGGUAACCCAUUUACAGGUUACCACAAAAUAUAGCCUGGUUACACUAUAAGUUGAUGCUGCUAAAAUGCUGACAUUCUGAAAUUGUAUUGAUGCACGUAAACAUCAGAAAAUGCAAUCCGUAAGUAAAUUUAUCUAGUGUUGCACUUCUUAAACGUGGAUUGCCAAAAUUGCUUUGCAAUUGCACAAGUGUGCACGAACAUCGGUGCAAUUUCGUACGAGAAAACGAAAUGCGGAAGUAAAUUUAGUUAGUGGGAGCUGCUUAAACACGGAAUGACUAUAAUUGCUUGCAAUUGCACAAGUGUGUGUGAACAUCGAUGCAAUUCUUUACAAGAAAGUGAAACGGUGAAGCCCGGAAUGCAUUGCUUGGUUUAUGUUUGGUAACGAAACUACGUUGAAAUUUUUUUGGAGAACGAAACACCAUUCUCGACUGUUCUUGCAUGUGAUACAAGGUAAAACCAACUGAAGGUGAGAGAAAAAGCAGCCGAGUUGAUCACUGGUCAUUAGACGUUUGUGGGUAUGGACUGGGAACGGGAUGUUAACUCGAUCGUGCGUGAGACUGAGGAAAACUUGAUCAAAAUAAGGGAAAAAAUCAAUGGGAAAUCAACUCUGCAAGAAUCUGACAAGUACAAUGUUCACACAUAUCUGUCUCCCUGGGAAAGGAGUUUCAGCAAAGACUACAUGCCAGAGCGACGUCUCAAUAAUCAUACACAGACUGUUAGUCCCACUAUUCUCGUGGACCCCGGUUAUCUAGGCUCAGCACACCCAGACACGGUGCACUUGCAGGAGAAGUUGGAAACUCAAAAUAAGACAAUUGAACAUCUUAACGAACUCGUGAAGUACCUGGAAUGUGAACGUGAGCAGUUCAUUGGUCAAAUUGAAGAGCUCACAGCUGCAGUGAAAGAACUAAAAAGGAGCUCUGUGGAAAAACAGUCUUCAUUCCAAAUGAAUGAGCAGAUCUCCGGCAUGAAGAGGGAGGUGGCAAGGGAAAUGGAGAUACUGAAGAAUCAGCUCAUCAUGUUCAAGGCAAACUCACUUCAUCUGCCUCAUUCAGGGACAACGUCUCAUGGAGUGUCCAGGGAGGUUCGAGAUAUUCACUGUAUUUUACAAGAAGAACUGCAUUUUCUCAGAAGGGAUUUAGAUUUUCUCAAAUCUAGAAUAGGAAGUUUAGAAAAUAAUGUUCUAUCCUUUUCUGGUCAACAUACAAGAAGUCCAGACACAUUUUUAAAAGAUUGUGAUAGAGAGAGACAUAGAAGAAGAGUGGUGCAAACUCUGACUACAUUGCCACUUGCCGAUAAAAGUCCACGGAAAACAGAUCUUCAGGAAUUAAGGUGUGCCGUCUUCGCAUUUAAAGAUAAACUAGAUCUUGUUGAGGGGAAGGUGAACAAAAUCCUGCCACAAUCAAGUGUUACAAAUGGCAAUGGUUACAGUGAACAGCACUCGGAAAGUCAUCAAUACUCAAAAAGUACUAAACAUAUGAUGGAUGAUCUUGACUCUACUGAUGACGAUGAUGACGACGAUGAUGUAGAUGAUGAUGAUGAUAUUGACUGUACUAAUGUUGAUGAUGUUGACAUUGAUGAUGAUAGUGAUAGUGAUGUCCUCGACAGUGAAGAACUCGUAGAAUAUUCCAAAGUCUCAGUGUCGGACAUGAACAGCAAAGCUAAAGAUGAAAUCAGUGACUCCGACAGCUUGAAUCUUGAUGACUUAGAUCUGGAUGCAAAUGAACAUGAUGAAUGUGAUAGCAGGUUAUCAGAAACAGACGAAGAGGAUAUCUUCCCAGAAAAAUAGUUGUGUUUACUAUGCAAACGAAGCGUGGCAGAGCUUUAGUAUUUUAUUAUCAAUAUUAUUUUUUAAAAACUUAUUCAGGGUGCUGUUAAAAAUAUGUGUGACUGUCGUCAAAUAUUUUUUUUUUUACAAAUAUCAAAGGGUACGUAGCUUUAGGUUUGUCCGUCCGUCAUGUCCAACUGUAUAUUUCAGGGAACAUUUUAUUUCAGAUUGCAUUGUGAUUUGCUAUGCCAGUUUCACUUCCACUAUCCUAAAUGGUAAAUAGUAGUUGCUAAUCAAUUUUCAAUCAGUUAACAAUUGUUGUGCCUUCUGUUUUGUCUUAACCAUGUGUUGGACUUUGUCCAUUGAUUUGACUGGAUAGAAGUCUGAGGGUGGAGGGAGUCGGUUUUAUUAUUUUAUUUUUUUUUUUUUAUUUUUUUUACAAUAUGUUAUAGGAGAAGUAUCAUUCAUGAAUUUAUAAACAAAUUAUUCGGUAUUGCCGGAGUUAAAUGGACUUUUGUUCUUAAAUUAUUCUUGAGGUUGUGAACUUUUAGUUCUGGCAGAUUGGUAAUGCUGUACUUAAUGGUUGGUGUUUCUUUUCGUGUACUUAUUAAGGACCUUGUUAAAUAUCAGUUUAGCUGUUUUAUAUUUGUUAGUAUCUACCCAUGUAAUUCUACUUUUACGCAAAGCAGCUUGAUCAUUGCCCUCUGUAUGCAAGUCAUUAUCUGAUGAGUUCAAUGUGGCCUCAUCAUUUUCUUAACUCUUUAAUUUAAGGCCAGUUGACAUCUUUUUUUACCUCUUACAUUUUAUCUGGUGCUAUUCAAAAUAUAGCAGUAAUAGUAUUGUUUUGAAUCUGAAGUCAAAUGUUAAUAUGUUGUAUUGAUUACAUGGAACCAUUUAAUAAUGUAUGAUUUUAAUUCCUAACAACCUAACGUGUUUUCCGUGGAAUUAUGUUGCCUCCUGUGAAAGCACACAAAGCAAGUCGCAGGGCUCGAACUUAAGAAUUUAUCAUCCAAGGCAAUUAAAAAAUAAAUUGCCAUUGGUGAAAGGGCCCACCGACGACAAUUUUGAGUAUGCCGAUGGCAAUUUUUUAAAACUGACUUUUGCAGCAAAUAAACUUGACUGAAAGGUUAUUUUUCUGUAUGUAGGCUACAUGUAGUCAAAUUUCUCGAAUUUAUGUCAAUAAACUUCAAUAAACAAGAAUUUAUUAUAAAUGGAAUUAUGCGCAUGACUAAAUCCAUUUGCGUGGUACAAACUACACACCAAUUAACUCCGAGUCCAACCAGGACCCAAACAUCCAUGUUAAAUGGCAGAUAAUGUUCAUACAUGUUUAUACAUAUUGCCGUCGGUUAAGUUCGAGCCCUGAAGUCAUGGUUCAUAUUGGGACAUGCAAAACGUGGAAAGCCGUGCGUAGGGUGGGCAGGGCCACUGGUUGCCCUGGGUGCAAAAUUCUGGACUGGUGGAAGGAACUCAGGGAGUGCGAACAGUCCACUGGUUAGGGUGUGCAAUACUUUACUUGCCCCGCGCGCUGGCAACCCACGCUACGUCAAUGGUGGAAAGUUGUGGAAUUCUAAAAUAUCAUUUUCCAGUCUCUGAAGAUCAUGGAAAUUCGAAUUUGGUCAUUUAAAGUUAUGGAGAAUGAACACUAUUUGAUAAUUAUGUCUCCAUUUAAAAUAGCACACAGAUUUGCAGUGUCUGUCAAAACAUAAUAAUUAUUAUUUUAUUAGAUUAUGUUGAUUAUCACAGAAAAAAUAUGAAACAAAAAUGUGAUAGAGAAGACCUUGUAGAAGUUGUGCAUUUUGGCUGACAACGAAAUGUGUGAAAACCCUGUUAGAUGCAAGAUUGUAUUUAAUUAAAUGUCUGUAUUUGC